GGGCGACGCCCAGCCUAUGCAGUCGAGAGUCGCAACAGAUCUGUCGGCCAAGCGAGUGUAGCCGCUGGUACUUCAGCGUGACUGGCACCCUGAUCCGAGCUGGGAGGGGAUCGUCAAGUGACUACUGAUGGGACAUCCAUUGGCGACGGCUGUCAAUGGAGAGGCGCCCCAGGCCCUCACCCCCACCCUUGCCAACAUUGUCCCCGUGCUGGGAGUACCGCCUGGGAUUCAAUGUACAGGGCGGCACCAGGUCCUUGGAACUGGCCAUGACUGGGUCGAGAUCUGGCGGUGUCGGAGGGGCGUCUUCUCCGCUUGCUCCAUCAGAGCUGGGAGCUGUGGUGGAGAGCUCUGGUGGCGUAUCAGAUGGUCAUGUGCAAGUAAGUCGUCAGAGGGGAGGCCCGCAUGUGCCGGAGAGCUGUCCAUUCUACUAGGAGCUGAGGAGCCGCUGAGUGAGACAGAGCAGAGAGGCCUUUGGGAACUGGAAACCGGGAACUGGAACCCUGCGAAGGAACGCGCUUGGCGCCCUGACGCGACCCUGGACGUCCUGCCCACCCACCCACAGAGUAAUUACCUAGGUUGUGGAGGUGCGGGAUUCUUACCAGUUGGCUAGGAUGCGAGCCAAUGCAAGCCAGUCCGUUGCGGCAAAGGUGAUGGGAGAUGCAGAAGCGAUGGGCUGAUGGAGUUGGAUUGAUUUAGGAUGUUGCAUGUGACACAACUAGACGACAACAAUCGAUCCCCCGAGCUAAAGUUGUCUCUUUCCUCAAGCGAACUGCAAUUAUUCAAACCUGGAUCCUAGUGACCUGGAUCCUAGUGA